AUGAACGAACUGUUUUACAAAGUCAGAAGCCUCUGGGUGUUCUUUAAAUAUCAGAACUAUUACUAUCCAGGACAUAGACAGGUUGCUCAGCCAAGGGCCCCAACAUAUCAAACGAAUAUUGGAUAUCGUAACUCAAAUGCAGUCCAAAACCCGCUUGACGUCUUUCGAGACAUUUUGUCAAGACAAACAAUGCAAUUGACUUUGUACAUUGAUAGACAGUUGAAAACAGUAGCCGAAAAGCCAAACGUUGUUUUCUCGCCCCUAAGUUUGCAAAUGUUACUUGCGAAUAUUCUCUUGGCAUCCAAGGGACAAACUUAUAAUGAAAUCGCCAAAAUUUUCAACAUCAACAGUAACUCAGAGAAAAAUUUCCAUGAAAAUUUCGGAAAACUUAUCGAGCAAACGUUUUAUGGUAGGAGUGGGAUUGAAGGACCCAAAGUUGACUACGGCACAGGAGUGUUCUUAACGAAAGAUCUUCCUGUCAGUAAGACAUUUGAAUCAGAAAGUAAGAGGUUUUAUAAAACUCUUGCUAGGGGAAUCAAUUAUAGAAAUGGAGAAGCUCAAAACAUUAUCAAUGAUUGGGUGAAAUCUGCAACGCACGGUCUCAUUGAUACAAUCGUAAAUCAACCACCUAAAUAUGAUACUAAAGCUAUCAUUGCAUCUGCUUUAUAUUUCAAAGGCAAAUGGGCGAAUCGUUUUGAUAUUAAUUAG